GUCCUCCAGAUGUCGUGGCGUUCGUCUUUCCGCUGCUCAAAGUUUCGCCACGUCUUUGGCAAGCCGGCGACCCGGGAGCACGGCUACGACGGCGUGCCCAUCACGCGCAGCGUCCACGACAACCACUACUGCGCCGCCAACCCCUGCUUCAUCGCCGUGGUGACCGAGUGCGGCGGCGGCGGCUCCUUCUUAGUCCUGCCCAUCCAUCACACGGGCCGGGUGGACCCUCAGCACCCGCGGGUGUGCGGCCACAGCGCCCGGGUCUUGGACGUCAAGUGGAACCCCUUCGACGAUCACUGCAUCGCCUCGUGCUCUGAGGACUGCACCGUGAAGAUCUGGGACAUCCCGGUGUGCGGCGUCCAGCAAAACCUCACCCAGGCCAGGAAGACUCUGAUUGGUCACUCCAGGAGGGUGGGGCUUAUCGAGUGGCAUCCGACCGCCGAGGGCCUGCUGCUAAGCUCCGCCUACGACUACAAGGUGCUCCUGUGGGACGUGUCCCAGCCCGGCGCCGCGCUCAGGAGCCCCGUCCGGGUCGUUCUGGCGCCGCUCCUCCACCGCCACCCGCCCGAGAUGCUGCUGCUGUCCGUCAGCUUCAGCAGCGACGGCAGCCGGCUGGCGCUCACGUCCAAAGACAGACGAGUGCGAGUCCUCGACCCGCGGACCGGGAAGAUUUUACAGGCGUCCAGCAGUAAGACCCACAGAGCCAGUAAGGUUUUGUACAUCGGAGGUCUGAAGAUGCUUCUGUCCACCGGCAGCUCGCCCUGGAACCACAGACAGAUCGCUCUCUGGGACCCCGAUGACUUGUCAGAGCCGCUGUACGAGGAGGACUUGGACGGCUCUGCAGGAGUUCUGUUCCCGUUCUACGACCCAGACACACACAUGCUGUACCUGGCUGGCAAGGGUGACGGGAACAUCAGGUACUACGAGCUCAGCGCUGAGAAACCUUACAUCAGCUUCCUGACCGAGUUCAGGUCACUGCUGCCACAGAAAGGACUGGGCGUGAUGCCGAAGCGAGGUCUGGACGUGAACAUCUGCGAGGUUUUCAGAUUUUACCGCCUGAUCGCCAUCAAGGACCUGGUCGAGCCGCUGUCCAUGAUCGUGCCACGAAAACAGCUGGAAAUCUUCCAAGAAGACCUGUACCCGAUGACGGCGGGAAACAAGGCGGCCAUGACGGCUCAGGAGUGGCUCCGCGGCGUCAACAGAGGGCCCGUGCUGAUGUCUCUGCGGCCCGGGACCAACAUCGCCAACCCUUACCCAGAAACCCCUGCUGACAAGGGGCUGGAGAGGCAGCUGAGCGCGCUGAGCAUGAACCCGGUGUUUCUCUCCCUCCAGUCCUUCCUCCAGGAGCAGCUGGCCUACCAGGACGCCAAGUACCCGCGCGAGGGCAGCGACCUGUGGGGCUGGCAGCCGGACGAGACCCAGGCUCCGGCGUGGGCCUUCGGCUGCACGCCGCACUGCUGCGAGCCGGCGGAGAGGCCGCCGCCCACCUCCGAGAGCGAGCUGCUUCAGGCUUUUUACAGACAGCAGGAGGAGAUCAGAGGACUGAGGGAGCAGCUGAACCACAAAGAGGUGAGGAUCGCUCAGCUGGAGCUGGAGAUUAAAAACACCAGGAACAACAUGAGGGCCGCCUUCUGA